AUGGAUCAAGAACAAAAACUAGAAGUAUCUAAUGCCAUGUAUACUUACAAGCAUCAUUGUAGCAUAGGAGUUGACGUCCACGAGAUCUUUGUUAAGAGGAGCAGAUUGCGGGUUGUUCUGUCAUACAUUGGCAUUAUUUUCCUUCUUGCGAAUGUCUGCAAACCAUUGCUGACAAAGGAGAGCCUGUCUCUUGGAUCAGUUUGGAAUAUUGCCUUUGCUGUUCUUGUCGCCAAAUGUUUGCAGUACAAACCUGUGAAGAGAGAAUCAGUAGUGAUAAUGCCAGCUUUUGGGGUUCAGCUAGAGAUACAUUUUUGGAGUGGAAGAGUUGAUCAUCGUUUUGUGCCCAUUGGCAAGAUUCUGAAGCCACUGAUAAAUGAGUGCGUGACACCGGUGACCUGUUACUGGAGCUUGGCUCUGCUUUUGCGUGAUGAAGAGGAACUCCUGCUAGUUUUCCAGAGAUCUCGUCCUCCUGUCAAAAUGCUGGUUCCAGUAUGGAAAGCUCUCUGCACGUUGACAAACUCUGAACACCCAAACACUUCUCAAAUUUAUAACCGGGACUCUUCAGGAACAUGA